AUGGGCGGCAAGCGGCUUGGAUGGAAUCAGAGGGGCGGCCAUCGACAGCGUGAUAGGCAAGCGUGGCGUGGUAGACAUGACUUCCACCUACAGUCAGAUUGGAGCCGAGGGGAAGAAUCAUGGCAGGAGCAUGGUCGAUGGGGUUGGGCUGGUAGUGAAAGUUACCCGACAGUGCCAAACCCACAAGGUGCCGUCCCAGAAGACUUGCGAAAACUGCUCGAGGAUGUGCUUGGAGCAGUGCGGCAAGUGGCGGAGGAAGGAGAUCGGGCAGAUGAAGUUAAGCAGGCGUUGGCACCUUUGCAGCAACUGCUGCGCCCGCAGCAGGGGGAGCCCAAGGGUGACUGCCAAGACCCUGACUUGGCCCUUGCCCGAGCCUUUAAGACCCAAGCAGGAGUACUGCGGGCACUCGGCCAGCGAAAGCUGCAGGGGGAACACCGGGUUACCCAGGCCAGGGCUGCGCUCCAGAACCAUGAGAGGCAGCUGCAGCAGCUCCAGGAGGAGUUGGUGCAGGCGCAGGUGGAAAUGGACCGGUUGGCCAAGCAGUACUCGGACCAGAUUGUCACCAGACAGCUGGAACCGUAUGGAGCAGGUCCCAUGGAGGACGAAGGCGACAUGGGCAUUGACAGUGAGAUGCAGGACAACAUCAAAGCGUUGCAAGGGGCCUUGCAGACUGAUGAGCAGAAACAGAUGCUUGAGUCCUUGCUACGGAAAUGUGCCCACGCAGAUUUGCAGCACAAGCGAAGGAUUUGGCAGGGCUGCGGUUUGGGUAGCAAGGGGCCCGAUCUUGAGGACAUCACGCGGUGCCAGAUUUCAACCUCCACGUUUUGGUUGCAGUUUUCGCUAGCGUGGCAGCUUGGGCGUGGCUUGCUAGGAAUGGCUUGUAGACAGGACAUACAGGACUUGUGUAUGCAGCUCCUGAUGGAGCCAUCACUGGCCUUGUUGGAGCGGCUGCGGGCGGAGUGCCAUGUACAACCUAGCAGCGCGGCGCAAUGUCAACACAGCUCAGUUGUGGAGCAGCUGCAGCCGUGUGGCAUUGUGACAGCCCCGGGCACUGACCGGAAGGGUGACCUCGCUGAUCCAGUGAACAGCUGUAGUGAGGCCGCCAGAGAUCUGACCCUUUUGUUUGCAAACAUAACGAGUUGGAGUAGGGCUGCGCGGACUUUCUUGUUGGAGCAAGGCGUACAGUGCCUCUUGGUUGCUGAGCACCACCAAGUUGGCAGUAAUCUUGACCUUCUGAAACAGCAGUGUGUUGAGUCGGGAUGGAAAGGUAGCUACUCACCAGCUGCACCUAGUGAUGCUGGUGGGACUCGGGCUGGCGUCUUUGCGGUUGCCCGGAAGCACUUAAAUCCGGUUGAUGAGUUUCAAGGGGUGCACCCGAGAUGGAACAGCAUCUUCAUCCGGAGGAAAGGGUGUGACCUGUUGCUGCUUGUGGCUUACUUCAAAAAUGGCGGUUUGCACCAAGAGGAAAACUACGAACUCAUGCGUGAAUUGCUUGCGGCGGUGCACAGCGUGACAUGCCCGUGGGUGAUAGCCGCCGAUUUCAACCUGGCCCCGCAGGUGUUGUUUGAAUCCGGCUUUGCUCGCAAAUUGCAGGGCGUUAUCGUUGACGCAAAAAUGCCAACCAUAGCCACCGGAAGUGAGUUGGAUUACUUGAUUGUGAGCAAGAGUUUGCAGGGUUGUGUUGAAGUUGCUGUUGAUCACAUGGUGCCUUUUCGGCCGCACUAUGGCCUGCGCGUGACACUCAAAGGUCGAUGGCAGCAGGCCUUGGUGCCUGCCCUCAACACCAUUGACCCCGUCCCUGGUGCUUUUGGCCCCAGAAGGCCUUGGGAACAUUUUGGAACCACCGAUGGAAGCUUUCAGAUUCUUGGGUGCCUGGCCAAAACGAGCGAGCAGCAAACUAUCACUGAAGAGUUUGCGCGGUGGUCUAGACAGGCUGAGGCCUAUUUGUUGGACGUGUCUGUUGAACCUGUGGCAAAAGGGCGAGGUACUUUCCUUGAAUAUGGGACCAGACCGCAUCUGGAAGCCAAGCCUGCACACAACAAAUGGGAUUCGAGUGACCUUAACUAUUGGUGUGGUUUGAGGCGCUUAGUUGGAGACUUGAUGCUCCCACGUAGGCCGGUACCGCUGAGCCUCCAGCGGAGGCUUCACAAGGUCAUGGAAGAGCAAGCCGCUCUUAUGUCCAAGUAUUGGUGGCCUGAGUUCGAUGCAUGGUGUACCGUUGAGAACAUGCGACACAUGCUAUUGAGUUUUCAGCGGGUUGAACGUCUUUAUGGUGCCAAAGCAAUGGAAUGCUUGCAGCACUUCGUUGGUCUGUUGAUUGAGAAGAGACGUGCUUUCUAUAGGCAGAAGUUUGCCGACGGCUUGCUCACGCCGAAACAGAUGCACGCGUAUUUGAGGCCGGCAGAGAGACGGAAGUACUGGGUCCAGAUUUGGGGUGAUGCCCAGUGGCCGGUUCCUUUGACGGUGGUGGGAUAUGCGCUCCUACCAAAGAAUGCUGAAUCAGAACGUCCGAUUGCCCUCACGUCCCUCUGGUACCGCGUGUUGAUCAAGAGUCGGUUGCACUUGUUGGAAGCUUGGUUGAAACAGGUGGCUCCCUUAUGCCCGUGGGAUAGGGCAGUUGUUGGCUCGACCGUUUUCUGUUCCAGUAUGGCUAGAAUGCUUAGGGCUGAGAUCUUGCCGCAUGCGCAGCUGUAUCAAGUGAGUGUGCUUGUUGAUCUGAAGCACUGCUAUGACCAGAUGAACAUUCAGAUACUUUUGCGUGCUGCUCUUAAGAGGCAGUAUCCGCCAGGUUUACUGGCGCUUGCGGUCCCUGUGCACUGCGGCGUUCGCGUCCUUAUGGCUGAGAAUAUGCAUUCCCAGUUUAUACAACCCUUGAAAGGCAUUUUGGCCGGUUGUAGCCUCUCAGUGAGUUUGGCCAAGCUGUACUUGUGGGAUGUGAUGGAGGCUUUGCAGGUUUCGGCGGGGUUGGUUGCUUCGGAUACUUGGGUGGAUGAUCUGUCCUUUGAUUUGGUUGAUUACAACCCUGAAAGACUGGCGCAGCGUGCGGUGGCACUCUACGAAGAUCUGGCCGAUCAAGUUGAUAACAUUGAGUUGCAAAUUUCAGUUAAGAAGUCCGGUUUUUUGGCAUCCCAUGUCGCUGUUGCCACCCCUCUGAAGCGACUUGUGCAGGCUGCUCAGCACAG